UUUUGUCAAAAGGCAACAACAGUCAGCAAGCAUAAGAGUAAUAAGGAAGAAAGAUGAGUUUCGGUGCAAAAUACAGAGGUAUUCGGAAGAGAAAAUGGGGGAAAUGGGUGUCGGAAAUUCGAGUUCCAGGUAGUAGUGAACGACUUUGGCUAGGUACUUACACUAGCCCUGAAGCUGCAGCCAUAGCACAUGACAUAGCCUAUUAUUGUCUCCGUCCAGAAUCAUCAUCAUCAUUACAUAAAUUAAACUUCCCUUCCAUGUUACCGCCUAAUGUUCAACCUGGAAUGUCACCAACAUCUGUACAAAAAGUUGCCUCUGAUGCUGCCAUGGCUAUUGAUGCUCAGUUUCUUACAACACCAACACCUGCUCAAAAACAUGUUGAUAAUUACGGGCAAAAUCAAGAUCUCAACAUUUCUGUUGAAGAUUAUCAAUAUUGAUAAGUGAAGCACAACACAACAUUACUCAAGCAAUUUUUAAUAUCUUUUUGGCUAUUACAUGUACUCAAGUUUGGUUCGAUUUCAUGAAUUUUGAUGAUGUUGAGUAA